UCGGCAAUAGAAUUUCUUCCGGGGUCUCCUUGCAUAUAGCAGGACAACUGCAGUAUGAGCAAACACGUUUAGUGAGACGAGAUUUGUGUGCGACUGCAACCGUCUGUGAUAGUCUCGCGUCUGCGAUCACGUCUGCCGUUAUACUGACAUGUUAAUUCGGAGCUCCGGAUAAUGCUCGCGCCUCCGAGACCGUCCAUUAAAGUUCUCUUCGUGCUUGUCGUCAUCGUCGUCGUGGUCAUCCUAGUACUGACAAUCGGCGGAGACGUCGGCAGCUACGGACAUCUUCUUCGACAUGCGCUCGUCGCCGACGCAGAAAGAACGCCCGCGGUGCGCGUGUUCGGCGACGAGCAGUCGAAACAUUCGCGUGCGUCCGUCGGUGACGCAACGUCGGAGCGGCCAUCGCGACGCGAUGACGAUGCGUCGCGGAGGCCGCGUCACGGACCUACAGCAGGCGAUCGCCAGAGAGAACCUUUCUCGCACAUGCAGGACGCCGACGCGUGGAGGGCGGGGCUGCUGGGUGCUGACGACAACGCCACCGUAGCGUACCAGCGCGAUGGUGGCAACACGCAUCGCACGCGCAGUAACUCCGUGGUUGCAACAACCGCAUCUAGUCGUCACGAUGUCAGUGUGAAUAGAUUGACACAGCAGCAGCAACAGCAGCAACAACGACAACAACAACAGCAACAGCACAAACAACAAAAUCAUCAACAACAACAACAGCAGCCGCAGUCUCUUCAGCCGCUUCCACUCAACGCGAGCACACACGGCGCCUAUAUCGACCGACAACCACCGGUCGCCGCAUCGCACCGACGUCGGCUGCCUGGCGCGGACGACGACGCGACGAAGCUCAGCCAGGUCGUGCGCGACGCCUACGAAGACGUGCAGCGGUACGUGGCGCCCUACAGCGGCCGGGUGGCGGCGCGGCCCGUCUUCGUUACGGCGUACGAUCGGUCGCACUUCACCGAGGGAAAAGGAAUCGUCAAGAUGUUCCACGAGAGACUCGCGCCGCUCAACUACACGCUGGCGUUCUAUGACAUGGGUUUGACAGACGACCAGGCUGCACUGAUGAAGAAACACUGUAGGUGCCUGUAUCGGCGUUUUCACUACGAGAACUACCCGGACCACGUGCGAGAGCUACAUAACUACGCCUUCAAGCCUGCUGUUAUACAGGAGGCUCUGCAGGAGUUCGGAUACGUUUUCUGGAUGGAUGCAUCAUGGCGAUUCAAAUGGGGCACAACCAAGGCUACCGUUGAUGCACUGUUCCGACACACCAUAGAGGGCAGUGGCAUCGCAGUUUGGCGCAACCGCUGGAAGAUGGCGUGUUUUGUUCACCCAGCAAUGUACGAUUUUUUCCGAGCAAAAGCAGAUGAUUUUGUGGGGCUGAGGUCACCGGCAGGCGGUUCUGUCUUGGUGCACAACAAUCGAUGGACAUACAACGCGGUGUUUCUACCUUGGCUAGUGUGCGCUCUGCACAGAGAUUGCAUAUCGCCACCCGGUGCUAAACUAGGAGGAUGUAAUCUAAAGAAUGAGAACACGGCGAAUUACUGCUGCCACCGGUACGAUCAGUCUGCUCUCGGGAUUGUACUCAAUAACGCUUUGAACUUCAACCAGUCCGCCAUCUUUGACGCAGAUACGAUUCACUAUUUCCACAAGCAAGACACGACAGCGAGCAAAUAUUUCUAAUGUAUCUAGGCUCGAUUUCCGUUGCACGCAGCGUUGAGUGAGGUGAAAGGUAGCCGGUGAUAGCCACGCGGUCGCUAACUUUUACGGACGAUUUCGCCGUCUAGUUUAUUUGCUCUAUGAUAAAAUACGAAGAAGUAGGUAUCAUCAAACAUCAAAAUAUUUUCACGAGAAAACCAUUUGUAUAUGCGAAUAGAUGUGAAUUAAAUGUGAAUUAAUUUUAUUAA